AUGUUGGCGCGCACCGUGUGCCGUUCACGUGCCUACAGCCAUGUGGCGGCGGGUGUCUUCUUGCCAGGCGGCCUUCCCGCGAUCGCGGCCUCUACAGACAACACACUGCAUCUUCUGGUCGCUGCUGAAGGCUCGCAAGAUGGCGAGGGCUGCCUAGAGGUUGUCUGCGACCUGCCGCUGUUUGCAACAGCGCGCGCACUGGCGGCGCUCCCAGCUGCAUCGCCUGAUGAGGAGGACUGCCUGGCGCUCCUCACCGAUUCCGGCUUCCUGUCCAUCCUGCGCUUUGAUGCUGCCUGUGCCAGGUUUGUGGCGCUGCAGCAGGUGCCGCUGCCGCCAGAGGCGCCCGGGGACCCCUUCUGCCAGCUGGCUGUGCACCAGAGAGGAGGCGUGGUGGCGGCGGCCAGCCUGGGAGGCGCUGUGUGCCUGGCGGUCAGGGACGAGGCGGCGGCGGCGCCUGGCAGCGCCGCAGGCGGCCCGCGGUUCAGCCGGCCCGCGCAACUCACUCUGGGCCCCAACCUCUGGAGCCUGGUGUUCCUGGAGGGUGGGCCCGCGGGAGGCGGCGCCUCGCUGCCUGGCGACCCCUGGCUAGCAGCAGGGUCAUGCCACACCGCUCUGCUGGCAGCCCUGCACCAACAGCCCGGGGACGGCAGCUUUGCAGUGGUGGAGUAUCGGUGCAGCAUAGCGGCAGGCCUGGGUGCUGGCCACGCCAGCGUCGUGGGCAGCCAGCUGCUGCCGGCCGCCCGCAGCCCGGCCUUCUCUCCCAGGGCGCUGGUGCAGCUGCCGGCGGGCUGGCAGGAGGCGGCAGGGUGCCGGCUGCUGGUGAGGGAGGAGGCUGUCGAGGUCCUGGCUGCCAGCGGCGGCGUCCAGGAACAGCCGUCGGCGGGGGAGUGGUGGGCGCGGCGGGCGCCGCCGCCGCCUGCAGCGGGCAGCCAGGAGGCGGCGGCGGAGCCGCCGGGGGUGCAGCCGAUGAGCCCAGCUCGGCCGCGGCGGGAAUAUGAGUUUGAGCAGUCGAUCAUGCAGACGGCGGCAGAAGGAGACAGCUCAUCCAGCGGCGACGAGGCCACAAGCGGCGGCGCCAGCGGGCAGUUCAUCAACUGCUGGUGCUGGGAGUGGCAGCCGCGGGGCCAGCCGCCGGCCCCGGUGCUGGUGUGCGCGCUGGAGGAUGGCAGCAUGUGGCGCGUGCCCCUGAUCGCCCAGCGCAGCGAGCACGCACCCGGCGUCGGCGCCAUGUUGACCCCCGGGCGCAACUAUCUGCAGCGGCUGAUGUCGGCGCAGCCGGCGCGCAGCAUCGCGGCGCUGCCGGGACGGCUGCUAGUGUACUGCACAGAUGCCAGUGGCCUGCAGCUGCUGCGCGAGAGAGGGCUGUCCCACACCCCGCUCCUGCCCGCUCACAUGCGCGCCACCCACCAGCCGUGGCUAGACUGGGAUUGGGUGUCGGACUGGAGCAGCCUGCCCGCCGCGGCGGCCGUCGCCGACUGCCAGCUGGCAGACCUGGAGGGCGGCAGCCAGCGGCAGCUGUACGCCGUGCGCCGCGCCACCGGCGGCGGCGCCAGCGCCGGCGGCGGCCUGUGUGUGCUGUAUCCCGACCCCAAGCCGGAAACCGUGUUUGAGCUGCCAGGCGCCGCCGAGGGCAUCACGGGGCUGUGGGGCCUGCGCCGGCGCGCCGCCGACCGCCACCACAGCCUGGCGCUGCUGAGCUACGUGGGGGGCAGCAGGCUGCUGGCGGCGCAAGGCGGCAUCUUUCGUGACGUCACCGACUGCUGCUCACUGCAAGCAGACGCCCAGACCCUGGCUGCUGGCAACAUGGCGGCGGCUGGCGCAGGGCCCGUGUCGGGGCCAGCCGCCGUGGCCCAGGUCACCUCCCAGAUGGUGCUGACAUUCAGCGCCGCAGCAGCGCCGCCCGCGAGCGGCGGCGGCCUCAGCCUGCAGAGCAGCGCCGGUGGCGCCGGCGGCAGCGGCUGCACCUGGCAGCCGCCGGCGGGCAGCAGCAUCGGCGCGGCGGCGGUGGCGGAGCAGGCGGUACUGCUGUACUGCACCGGCGGCGCCGCCCGGCACCUCAUCGCGCUCCUGCCGGCCGCCUCGGCAGCUGAGGCGCCGCAGGGCGGCUGCGAGCAUGGGCAGCCCGCGGGCCAUGUGACGCUCACGCAGGCGGCUGCGCUGCCAAUGGCAGCUGAGGUGUCGUGCGUCAGCAACCUGCUGCUGGCGCCAGCUCAGCGGGCACAGCAUGGGCAGCAGGCCCAGCAGCACUCGGCUGUGUUUGCUGUAGGCACCUACUCCUCUGCCGUCCUUCUGGUGCAGCUGCAGUGGGGCCCACAGCAGCAGGGCUCCCUGCAGCUGCUGCUGACAGUCGACCUCACUAGCACCAGCGCCGCCACCGGCCUGGCGUCGGCGGCGGCCACGGCGGCCGCGGCGGCGGGGCCGCUGUCCCCUCGCUCCUUCCAGCGCGAGCAACUCACUCCCGAGAGCCUGCUGCUGCUGCCCGCAGAGGCGUCAGCCAGCAGCAGCGGCGAGCUGCACGGCAGCCAGGCGCGCAGCGGCGGCAGCGGCGGCGGCGGUGCCAUGGUGCCGGGCGCGGCGUCGCUUGUGGCGGGCCUGCGCACAGGCGCCCUGCUGCAGCUGCACUGCGCCUGGAGCUGCGGGCAGCAACAGCAGCCGCAGGAAGAGCUGCUGUCUGUGUCGCUGGGGCACAUGCCUGUGGUCAUCUUGCCGCUGCCACGUCACCAGCCCUUGGCGGCGGCGGCGGCGGCGGGAGCUGUGCCGCCCGCCGCAGCCGUGCUGAGCGACCGCGUGUCGUUGCUGCGGUACCGCCCAGCGGCAGCGGCGGGGCACGGCGGCGCCUGGGGCGGGGCCGGCCGCGUGAGCUGCCAGCAGCUGGCGCUGCCGCAGGUGCAGGCCGCGGCGGCGCUGCUGCUCGACAGCGGCGGCCUCGGUGGCAGCGGCCUGACGCUGGAUGCCAUGGCUGCCGCCGGAGAGGCAGAGGAGCAGCAGGAGGCGGCGGCAGGCGGCGCGCCUGGCCCCAGCGGCGAGCAGCAGCAGCAGCAGCAGCAGCAGCUGUUCCUGCUCUGCGCGGCCGCCGACGGCUGCCUGCGGAUGGUCAGCCUGGAGUCGCAGCUACUGGCCGCCACCCGCUGCUGGCCGCUGCGGCAGCUGCUGCAGCCCAGCCGGCUGGCCGUGCACGAGGGCAGCGGCAGCGUGGUGGUGGCGGGAGCCUGCACGCUGCCGCACCACACGCGGCGAGGGGAUGAGCAUGUGGUGGUGGCGGGAUUGGCGGCAGUACAGGCAGUGGACCCAGCCACAGGCGAGCUGCUGGCCAGCUAUUCAGGCUUCAUGCCCGGAGAGAGCAUUACCGCACUCGCCGUCUGGGACCCCAGCGCCCCCAAGCAGCCGGCCCAGCAGGCCCAGCAGCAGCAGCAGCAGCAGGAGCAUGCAGUCGGCGCUGUGCCUCCCGGCAGCGGCGGCUUGGGGCAGGAUGCCGGGGCUGCAGCAGCCGGCACGGCUGCGACCCUCGUCGACGCAGCGGCGGCGGCUGAGGGCCAGGAGGCUGCCAGCGGGCUGCGGUCUCACCCCAUUGCCUUCUCUCCAGACUCCCCGGCCGCGGCAGCGGCGGCCACAGCAGCUGCCGCGGCUGCCGCCGGCGACGAGCGGCCCUGGGGCGGUCUCAUCGCUGUGGGGACCACCAUCGGCAGCGGCGGCGGCGAGGAGGGGGAGGAGGGGGAGAAGCAGCAGUGGGAUGACGAGAGCGGCGGGGAACUGCAGGGCAGGCUGCUGCUGCUGCAGCUGGCGGCGCCCACCGCCGCGUCUGCCGGCGGCAGCCGGGCAGCGGCUUGGCAGGAGGCGGCGCCCUGGCAGGAGGCGGAGGCUCCACGGCGCCAGCUGCAGCUGCUGCCCGUGGCGGAGCUGCACCUCCCCAGCCGUGUGCUGGCGCUGUGCCCCGGCACCACCCGCCUCACCGGCGCCGGCCCCGGCCCUGGCCCCGCCAGCGCAGCAGCAGCCUCCGGCACCGGCACCGGCGCCGGCGUCGGCAGCCGCCUGUUUGCGUCGGUGGGGCGCCGCCUGGUGGCGUUUCAGUGGCGGCAGCGCCAGCAGGCGCUGCGCCGUGUGACGUGGAUCCCCACCAACCGCCCCCUGUGCGACCUCAAGGUCAGCCGUGGCCUGCUGGUGGCUUCCGACCGUGGCGAGGGAGUGACGAUGUACCGGUACUACGAGCCGCACCCCGGCAGCCCUCGGGCCGCGGCGCACCUGCAGCGCAGCCGCCUGGCACGGCGCCGCCGGGUGGCGCCCCCCGGCGCCGCGGAGCUGCAGCACCGGCUGGGCAUGCAGGCGCAGCACCCCGCGCAGCGCGGCCCGGGGAUUGGUCCAGUGGCGGGCGGCCAGCUGCUGCCAGAGGGCGAGGAAGAGGAGCUCGGCUUUGCCGUAGUGGCUGCAGACUCUGAGUGCCGGCCCGCGGUCGGCGCCGUCGCGCUGCCUCCAGCCGACGGCGGCGCAGCAGGGCGCGGCGGCGGCGCGCCACCGCCGGCGGCGGCCGCAGCCGCGGUGCUGGAUGCCCGCGGCCGCCUGGCGCUGCUGCAGCAGCGCUGGCCGCGGCACGAGCCCGCCCUGCAGCAGCGCUGCGUCUUCGCCUUGGGAGAGCCGGCGGCGGCGCUGCUGCAGGGCAGCCUGGGGUAUCACGGCGGCGCUGUCGGCGGCGACAGCAGCAGCAGCGUUGGUGGCGGUGGCAGCGGCACCAGCGCGGCGGCGCCUCCGGCGGCGGAAGCAGCUCCCGGGGCCGUCGGCGCCGCCGCCGCUGCUGCCGAGAUGGUGGCCGUGACGGUCGGCGGCGCCGCGGUGGCGCUGCAGCCUCUACAGCAGCACCAGGCUGCCCAGCUGCUGCGGCUGCAGCGGGCGCUGGCCCAGCACCCGGCUACGUCGCCGCUCAGCGGCGGCAGCCAUGCCGCGUUCCGGGUGACGGGCAGCAGCGGGGUAGCGGGCGGGCGGGGAGAGAUCUUCCGCCACCCGCCCCCGCCUGGCGGCGCUGGCGCCGCCGGCGCCGCCGACUCACCACCCGCCUCUCCGCUGACCCCGGAGCAGCAGGCAGGCGGCGGCGGAGGGCUGGGUGCCGAGCCCGCUGCCGCACAGGAGCCCGCCGGACCGGGUGCCAUGGUGGUGGAUCAGCCAGGCGGCGGCGCCGCGGCGCCGGCGCCAGCCGCCACCCCGCAGAAGCAGCAGCAGCGGGGCCAGCAGGUGGCGCAGGCGGAGCCGCCGGUCGAUGCGGUGCUGGAUGGGGAGCUGCUGCAGCACUACCUGCUGCUGGUGCCGGAGCAGCAGCGCCAGCUGGUGGCCGCCGCCGGCAUCGACAGGUGCGGCGAGGGGGGCGAGGCCGCGGCGCGCCAGCUGGCCUGCCAGCUCAGCAACCUGGUGGCGCAGCUGCUGCUAUAG